CCCUGUUCUUGAUUAUAUUUAAAUGUUGUUUUUUAAAAAGACUUGUUCUUCGCAAAACCCGAACAGCCACAGCAGCAAUGUUUUAUGUAAAAAAUUAUGGUUCAAGUGUUUCACUCGAUUCAAUAGAGCAAUCUACAGAAUUUGCCUCACUUUUAAAACAAAUUGAUAAAGAUAACAAACCGCCAUCAAUUUUAAUGUUAAAUCAAUAUGCUCUGAAUAUGACAUUUAAUUUUCUCUGUAACACAGCAAUCUUUCCGGGUGUACAUGAACGUUUUAUUUUUGUUACAUUAGAUGAAAAAUCACAUCAAGAACUCAAAAAAUAUUGGCCAAAUAUUAAACAAUUUUAUUGGCCAACACCCUCAUUAUAUAAACAAUUUAGUUUUGCUGAAGGUCCCUAUCAAUUAAUUUAUAUAUUAAGAGCUAAUUUAGCUUUAGCUUUAAUCAAAAAAGGAAAAUCUUUUUGGAUGCAACAACAAGAUACUUUUUGGCGUAAAAAUUUAUUUGAUAUUAAUUUAGAACAAAAAUUAGGUUUUGAUUUAUUAUUUGACCAAAUUGGUUAUGAAGAAAAUAGUAAAAGAGCAGAAUGGGUUAAUGGGGCUAAUUUUUAUGUUAAAGCAAAUAAAUAUACACAGGAAUUUUUUGAAGCAAUUGCCACAAAAUUAUCACAUUGGUAUACACCAGAUAUGGGAAUAAUGAUUCAUCAAGUUUGUGACCGAAUAAAAAUUUAUUUUUAA